AUGAACAGGUGCAUGGAUCCUGCACCGAGUGACAAUCGGGAGUUCUUCUGCCGAGGUCUCAAGUCCGACAGUCAACUGUGUGACUGCGAGGAGUUUUUUCCUCGAACAGAGGAUGAAGGCCACUGCGUGGAGUGUGGCCAUGGCUGCAGCAAGCACCCCCGUAAGGCUUCAAGUUGCAAACCAGCAGAAGAUCAAAGGGAUGCUGACAAACAGCCAGAUCCAAGUUCCUCGGCUGCCGUCAAGGAUAUUUUCACUCGCAUCACUGGUGGAAAAAUGGUCAACGACAACUUGAAGUCAUCCGUCACUGGCAAACGAGGAAGCCUGCCACUUGCCACUGCUCGGGACGAGGCAUUAUCGACUAUGUCUUCGACUCGGCUUGCUGGUUAUCAUAAACUGGCCAAGGGUCCAGCACCAUCGGCUGGUGUUCGGAAGGACCGAAAGGAAACUACUACUAGCUUGCAAUUGCUUGGAAGUCAAACGCGCCGGAACACGACUUCGGGUACUACGACAGCCGGGAGCGUGUUUCGUGUUGCGUCAGUUGCAAUGUUGACCUGCGGAGUUGAUCGAAACGGUCUCGUAAGGGUAUCGAAAGCCCCAAGCAAGAACGGUCAAAACGAAAUUCAGGCUAUGAAAAAUCGCGGGUGUUACCUUGAACAACAAUUCAUCAUCGAAAGUGGAUGGACGUAUCGCAAGGUCACUAGCCAGUUACGAAGUUGGUUUCCCAAGGUCUUUGAACACUUGGAUAUCCAAGGCGAGAAGCGGCAACCAGCAACAUUUCGGUCGACUUCAAGUUCUCACGACGAGAAGCCUAUUUGGCGACUCCUUAACAAGAGUGGACAAACACUAGCAGUUGUCGAUAUCGGGUUUCCGACUGGGAAUGACCUUGCGAAACACAAGGGCCGGGACAAGGCCAGCGUUAGUGAUUGUCAUCUCUGGUUUGUCACAAGGAACCGGAUUCCUGAUGAUAUCUACGAAUCUUGGAAUACACAACCUGUCGUAGCAGGUUCAGAUUCCGAACGUGAUGAUUGUAGCGAUCGAGAUGUUCUUUUUUCAGACACGGACAGUCCAGAUGAUUCAGUCAGCAACAAAUCAGAUAAUGAGCUUGCGAGUUCAUUGAUGGAACUCGAUAUGACCUCAGAAACUGAAGUCAAGGACCUGAAAGGAAAAGGAAAGAUGAAAGCGGCACUGGCUAGGUCACCAACAAUAAGCCGAAACGCGAAGCGCAGUCACACACUGCUUUCCCCGUCACCAUCAGAAACUACUACUAGGAAAGCAGCUCAGAAGAAACUUCGAGUCAAAAAGGAAUCUGCGAGUGACACCAUUCCCCUCUUUUUCAACUCCGAGUCUACAAACUCACCACCUCCAUCAACGCAACCUGCUCGAUCCAAUACUAGUAGCCAUGAAACAGUGUCGUUUCGUACUAGUCGAGUCACGGCGCCAGCUAAUGAGUUAUCCUCUCCACCCGACUUCGUGUCAGUCAGCGAGGCGGAUGUCCUGUGGCGCAACAAAAUACAGGACGACGACCCUUUUGCACCAGAAUGCAUCAAUCCUUGGGACACCCGUUAUUCUAUGUUGAAUCCCGCCAGCCUCCGACUCAUUUGAGCAGAGUCGCAAUACUCUCGCGCAACAUUUGACAGCGAACCAGUCUACAGGCACACUAAUUUGAUUGUUUUUCCAUUGCACAUUGUGGUUCUGCUACUAUCCUCAUCAUCUCAUUCCGUACUCCUACCUCACAUCCACGCGAUGCAUCACCUACUACUAAUGAUUUGCAGUCAUGUACAUGAUUUCACUCGUUACCUACUUGAACCGUUGUGUUCUCGAGACUCGAACUGAUAGUUACCAGCAUUGGCAACCAAGCCCUCGUCUGAUCGACCUACCUUGACCGUUGUGUUCUCGAGACUCGAACUGAUAGUU